AUGAAGGAAGUUGUCAGAAAAGAAGUAAUCAAGUGGUUGGAUGCUGGAGUGGCCUAUCCCAUCUUUGAUAGUAAGUGGGUUAGCCCGGUGCAAGUGGUUCCAAAGAAAGGGGGAAUGACCGUGAUCAAGAAUGAAAAGAAUGAGUUGAUUCCCACAAGAACAGUCACUGACAGAUUGGCGGAGCAAGAAUAUUACUGUUUUCUUGAUGGCUACUCUGGAUACCACCAAAUAGCCAUAGCACUUGAAGAUCAGGAAAAGACUACUUUUACAUGUCCCUACGAAGGAAUUGUUCUGGGACACAAAAAUUCAAAAGCAGGAAUUGAGGUGGACAAGGCUAAAGUUUCAACAAUAGAGAAUUUGCCACCUUCAGUUUCUGUAAAAGGAGUAAGGAGUUUCUUAGGACAUGCUGGUUUCUGCCGACGAUUUAUUAAGGACUUCUCAAAGAUCUCCAAACCAUUGUCCAGUUUACUUGUUAAUGGCGUUUCAUUUGAGUUUGGAGAAGAUUGCUUAAAGGCAUUCAAGGUUCUAAAGGAAAAAUUGAUUUCAGCACCAAUUGUCACUUCACCAAAUUGGGAGUUGCCUUUCGAGUUGAUGUGCGAUGCAAGUGAUUAUGCAAUCGGAGCAAUCUUGGGUCAAAGGGUUGACAGGGUGUUUCACACAAUCUACUAUGCUAGCAGAACCCUGAAUGAUGCUCAAUUAAAUUAUGCCACUAUAGAGAAAGAGAUGAUGGCAAUUGUGUUUGCAUGUGAUAAGUUCCGACCUUACCUAAUUGGGAAUAAGGUUAUUGUCUAUACAGAUCACUCAGCAAUCAAAUACCUUAUGACCAAGAAGGAUGCAAAGCCGAGAUUGAUUCGGUGGGUACUUCUACUUCAAGAGUUGGACUUGGAGAUAAAAGACAAGAAGGGCACUGAAAAUCUGGUAGCAGAUCACCUGUCAAGACUAGAGCUGGAAAAGAGUCAGAAUACGAAAGAUGUACAGAUAAAUGAGCAAUUUCCUGAUGAACAACUCUUUAGUGUGAGGGAAAACCUGAUGGUACCGUGGUAUGCUGAUUAUGUCAACUUCUUGGCGGCAAAAAUAACUCCUCCUGAGCUUUCACGACAACAAUUGAAGAAGUUCUUUUCUGAGGUAAUUAGAAGAUGUGUGCCUGAAGAAGAGAUGUAUUCUAUCCUAAAUCAUUGUCAUGCUUUGCCAUGUGGAGGACAUUUCAGUGGGACCAGAACUGCUGCUAAAGUGUUGCAGAGUGGAUUCUUUUGGCCAACACUAUUUAAAGAUGCUAGUACCUUUGUGAAGCUACACCACAGAAUGAUGGUAAAACAGUUCUCCGCUUUCUGCAAAAGAACAUCUUCACUCGGUUUGAGUAAUGGCCAAGCUGAAAUUUCUAAUCGGGAGAUAAAGAUGAUUCUAGAGAAAACAGUGCAGAGAUCAACGAAAGAUUGGGCAAGAAAAUUAGAUGAUGCAUUGUGGGCAUACAGGACUGCUUUUAAAACACCGAUUGGCAUGUCUCCAUAUCGGUUGGUGUUUGGAAAGGCUUGUCAUCUGCCGGUGGAGUUAGAACAUAAAGCCUUCUGGGCCAUGAAGACUCUCAACAUGGAAUUGAAAGCUGCAGGAGAGAAAAGGCUACUAUAA